UGGUAGCACUGAUAAUUUUAGGUUAAAGGUUACACGUGUAUGACGAUCCAUGAAGAUAGAAAUAAGUUAAAAAGUUAUAAGAUAUUUUAAGAAAAAACCGAAUUUGCGUUAUAUAAAUCCUCUAAUUAUCUGCGAUCUAAUAUGGGAAAGUUGGACGUUAAAAUAUUACGAUAUUUAACCCCGGAAGAUUUUCGUGUUCUAACAGCGAUUGAAAUGGGUAUGAAAAAUCAUGAACUCGUACCCGCACUACUUGCCACACAAAUAGCAAAUCUACGUUACGGUGGAGUUCAUAAAUUACUAAAAGAAAUGUGCAAGCAUAAAUUGCUCAGUUACGAACGAGGCAAACGAUAUGAUGGUUAUCGUUUGACAAAUGCUGGCUAUGAUUAUUUAGCCUUAAAAGUUUUAACGCAAAGAGAAACAAUCCGUUCUUUUGGUAAUCAGAUUGGUGUUGGCAAGGAAUCUAACAUUUAUGUUGUUGCCAAUGAAGAAGAGACUUCGUUUUGUCUAAAGUUACACAGAUUGGGUAGAACAUGCUUUCGAAACAUUAAAGGAAAAAGAGAUUAUCAUCAGCAUAGACAUUCUGCAUCUUGGUUAUAUUUGUCAAGAAUCUCUGCAACUAGAGAGUUUGCAUAUAUGAAAGCACUUCUGGAUAGAGGUUUUCCUGUGCCAAAACCAAUUGAUUUUAAUAGGCAUUGCGUUGUCAUGGAGCUGGUUGAAGGUGGACCUCUGUGUAAUAUAAAUGAAGUAGACAAUGUUGAAGCAUUGUACGACGAGCUCAUGGAUUUGAUUGUUAGACUGGCGAAUCAUGGUGUUAUACAUGGAGAUUUCAAUGAAUUUAACAUAAUGAUCAAAGAUGAUGGCAAACCUGUUAUCAUUGAUUUUCCUCAGAUGGUUUCUACAGAACACGAGAAUGCAGAAGCGUAUUUUGAAAGAGAUGUGAAUUGUAUCCGUGAUUUCUUUAAGAGACGAUUUGGAUAUGAGAGCGAAUUAUAUCCAACUUUUCAAGAUAUAUCACGUGAAGACAGUAUAGAUGCUGAAGUCAAAGCCAGUGGCUUUGCAAGGCAAAUAGAAAAAGAAAUUGAUACUUUUUUAACAGAAAAUGGUAUUGAUUAUAAAGAAGAAAAAGACAAUGAAGACAGUGAGGAUAGCGAAGAAGAAACAUAUGAGAAUUGUGUUGAUAAUAUUGAAGAUUUGAAAUGUCAAUUAAAAGAUUUACAGCUUCAAAACGAAAUUGUUGUAAAAGAAGAAUUUAAUGCUUCAAUAAGAGAUCCAGUAUUGAAUAAUGAUGACGAACAUUUGAAGAAAAUAUCUAUGGUGCCAUGUCCCAAUAAGGAAAAUAAUAUGGAAAAUGAAUGUAAACAAAAUAACGAAAAUGUAACAGUAGAAAAUGUAAUAGUCAAUGAAAAAUAUGAUUUUACAUUGUAUGAUUUAUCAAAUGUAGAAAACAAAGCAGUACGUUUUUAUGAUGAUACACAAAGUAUACGAAGUGUUUCAACAGCUGCUACAAUUGCACCAGAUGUGAUAAAAAAGAGAACGAAGUUAGCACUUGACAAACGCGAGAGAAGUCAAGCAAAGAGAGCACUUGCUAAAGGAGAAGCAAGCGCAGUAACGAGGAUACGAAGAGAUAAUAGGGCUACAAUUAAAGACUCGACGGGAAUUUGGGGUUGGGAAUAAAGUACAAAUUAUUGAAAAAAGUAUAAUACAUUAAAAAUAGAUUAGAGAAAAAUGUAAUCCUCUAAAGACGAAUAUCCAACAAAAGACAAAAAUAUAGAAAGCAGUUUUAUUUCAAGAACUAAUCAUAUACUUCAUUGCUUUAAUUAAGUAAUUUUGUAGUAUUUAUAAUAAUUAUGAUGUAAUUGCAAAUAAAUAGGGGAGAGUGGUUUAAAUCGGAUCUAUUUGCAGUUUUUGCUCUCUACAAGGCGUAAAUAAAGUCAUAAAACCGAUCAUAAAACCAAAGAUGCCGUUGGAAAGAUCAUUUAAUUCCUUUCAUUUUUACUUUAAAUCAUUUUGACGUAUCUCUCACCUGUUUUCGGAUCCGAUUUCGAACUAUUGGUUCCAAAUCCGAUCAUCCUCUGGUCCAAAUCGGAUCCUCCUAUUUUUAUGGAUUGUUAGAUAGAAAUUCAUAAGAUUUUAAUUUAUUUUUGUUAGUAUUGAGCAAAAACGAGCAAUUUGAUAGUUAAAGAAAUAGUUAAAUUUUAUUCAGAACAAAAUUACAGUUUAUAUUAUUAGAAUUGAAAUUAAUAAAAAAUUCAAUUAAUAUGAGUCUGAUGACUCAUGAUAUUUUAUUGAUUUAGUGUUCCUUAGAUCAGAUCUGGUCGGUCGAUCACCAGUACUACAAUCAGGUUGCGAGUCUUCCUUCUUUGAUGAAUUAAUUGACUUGGCUUUUUAAGUUCUUUUUAGUUCUUGAUCUCAUUUGCGGUUUUUUUUUUUUUUUUUUUUUUAGUUGAUGCAUUUGUUUCGUUGCUUCCUCUAUAACAAUAGUUUCAAUCGCAGCAUCAUCAAUUAAAAUAGUUGCUUUUCCUGGUUUUCGUCCUCAAUCGGUAUUUUUACGUGGAGGCGCUUUUAGAAGUCGACAAAUGGAUUGCAGUAUUUCGUUCAAAUUUAUUUUUAUCUCGCUAUAUUCGAUUGGCCGAUAAGUUCUUGAACUGAGCAGGAAGUCAAUUUCUUGGAAAACGUCAGGACAAUAAUUAUCUUAAAUCAAUUACCUUUCAAAUUUUUAAUGUCUUAAAUAAUGAUUUACAAAGAUUUUUUUUUUAAUUUUUGCACGAUAGCUAAAAAUACAUAUUUGCGUCUAUUCUAUGAACGUUAUGACAGAGAACUGUCAAACUGCUGUCAUAUGUUCGGUGUCUUAUAACUUUACAUUAUAAAUAGCAUGUAAAUCUACUUAACCAUAUUCGUUUAAAUUAAAAAGGUUCUAUUUGGAACACGGUUCGAUUUAGAACAUUCUUCCCUAUAAGUCAAUAUAAAUUGAUUUGCCAAGCGAUUGAUUCUUAUUUGUGGAUCCAUGAGUAAGAACCAAUAGCUCGGCAAACUGCAUUCUUUCAUCAACACACAUCUACACUUUUUAGAUGAAUCAAUAUUUAAGAUCAAACGUACACUCACCGACUAAAAGGUUGCAACAGAUUUUUUACUAUGGUUUUCGGAAUACAGCCUACUCACCGAUUGGUUUUUACUUACGGAUCCAUAAGUAAGAACCAAUCGCUCGGUGAGCAGACUGCAUUCCGAAACCCUUAAAAAAAAAAAUGUUGCAACCUUUUAGUCGGUGAGUGUACAUAAAAUCUAUGUAUUAUUAAUGAACAAUUUUACCUUGAGCAGUAUUAUCAAUAUAAUUGAAUAUUAAUG